GGGAAACACGAUAGUGGUGGAAAUAAAGUGAGCGGUGUCCUUGUGUCCAGGCACACAGCAGCGGUACUGCAAACAGCACGGUUGCUCCAACCGGUCAGAGGAGACAAAGUAUUCCACAAUAGCGUCGCUGUCCUUGGACAACACAACGUGCGCGUUAACCCAGUGAGUGAGUGAGUGAGUGAGUGAGUGGGUGAUCCCCAGCAUGUGAAGCCAGUUUCUCCUUGGAUGACCUACACGCCACGGGGAGAACACCUUACCGCGGGUUUGGAGGAGCGGCUGGGACCGUGUUCACGCAGCCGGGCAACAAGUCCACUCCCGCGCACACACUUCUGGUUGACUUGUGGAGCAGCUGAGCCGGGUGACGUUUUCACCACGGUGGUGAAGUUUGAGUGGACAUCUUUCCGGGGCUGGACACUUGACAGUGGUGUUGGCACAUGAUGUACACAAUCACCAGAGGGCCCAGCAAACUGGUUACACAACGGAGGACGACAGGUCCCACGCAACAAAUCGACAGCAAAUUAGCCGAGUUGAAGCUCAAGCCGACAACGUGGCUCACGUCCAAUACUCCACCCCCGAAGAUCGUGUUCAACCGCCUCAAUGGGAAGCGUUACCACGGUGCAUCCAUGCAGAAUGUCGACAGCCCAGCAGAGGGAUUCACACCUGCACACGAGGAGAACGUCAAAUUUGUUUAUGAAGCGUGGCAGGAGGUGGAGCAGAAGCUGGGAGAUGGAGACGUUGGGGAAUCGAUGGCCAGCCAAGGACCCAUCCAGUACACUGAGAAGACUCCCAGUACUGCCAUGAAGAACUUUGUCCCCAUCGACUUGGAGGAGUGGUGGGCUCAGCGCUUCCUUGCAAAUAUUGCAGGCCUGUCGUGACUGCUUUGAGACAAGACGGGAAACAAUGUCUCUAUGCUCCACCAGCGUAGGAACCACAAGGGUCAAGAAGGGGCUCCAGGAUGCUCCGUGUGAAGAAUCAUCUGCCCUUUGGAACUUGAUCUGAUGCCUGGAGCUUUAUGCUGCUUUAGGGAAUACUGAGCGCACAAAAAAAAAGCCCUGAUAAUGUGUUGCUGCAAAAGGCUCCUCUCUUUACUUGAAUAACACAUUUGAUUGAAAUUAUUUUUCCUUGUUGAAGAGCUUCCCUUGUUCCUCAAGUGUGCUUCACUGUGUGUACUCUGGCUCAUCUUUGGAUAUGAAUCUACUGAAGAGCAAAAAUAAAAUGUUUUUCAGAACGCUGG